CCAUUUCAAGUUCUUAAGUCCACUCUUCUCCCCUUCCUCCUCCUCCUGUGUCUCCGCCCCCAAUUCUCCCAACCGUCUAACCCCAACCCACAAAUGGCGAAACCCCUCCUCCUUCCCACUUUGCUCCUCUUCCUGGUGUACUCCUCUUGUUUGGCCGGCGCCAAGGUGUGCCCCUCGUGCGGCUCCACCGCCGUGCCGUACCCUCUGAGCACGGCGGAGGGCUGCGGGGACCCCCUGUACAAGAUCCGAUGCGACAAUACGACGCGUUCCCUCUUCUUCGACGCCCUCAACGGCUCCUCCUACCCCAUCACGUCCAUCCACCCCUCCAUCCAGCGCCUCGUCAUCCGCCCUGCCCCCUUCGCCUCCGCCUCUGCCUGCGUCACCACGGACCUCCACUCCCAGGGCAUCAUGCUCAACAGCUCCCUCCCCUUCAACGUCUCCAGCAGCAACACCAUCAUGCUCCUCAACUGCACCUCCCGCCUCCUCCUCUCCCCCCUCAACUGCUCCUCCAACAGCCUCUGCCACAUCUACGUCAACGCCACCGCCGACGCCGCCGCCUGCCGCACCAUCUCCAUCUGCUGCACCUUCGUCGCCGGCGGCUCCUCCACCUCCUACGCCGUCCGGGCCUCCGGCGUCGGGUGCAGCGCCUACCGCAGCUUCGUCAAUCUCGACGCCGCCGGGACGCCGGUGGCGCGGUGGGGGGACAGCUCCGGGGUGGAGCUCCUGUGGUCGUCGCCCCGGGAGCCGAUCUGCCGGUCCCAGGCCGACUGCGAGGCCGGCGUCAACGCCACGUGCAGGGCGGAUCCGGCGUCGGGCGGGACGGUCAACCGGUGCUUCUGCAAUUCGGAGGCUGCUUUGACUUGGGACCCCAUCAGCGGCACCUGUGCCGAGAAUGUUACGGAUUCCUGUGAGAGUACGGGAGGAUGCGGUGGAACAAACCAUGGGCCUCUGAUUGCCGGGCUGGUGUCGGGUCUGGGCGCGGCACUGCUCGUGGGCACGGCGGGCUUCCUCUUCUACCGGCGGCAGCGGCGCAUCCGCGAGGCCCGAGAGCGCCUGGCCAAGGAGCGGGAGGAGCUCCUGAACACCAACAAUACGAGCGGCCGCUCCGCCAAGUACUUCACCGGGAAAGAGAUCAAGAAGGCCACUGCCAACUUCUCCCGCGAGAACCUCCUCGGCAUCGGCGGCUACGGCGAGGUCUACAAGGGCGUCCUCGAGGACGGCACCCCGCUGGCCGUCAAGUGCGCCAAGCUCGGCAACACCAAGUCCACCGACCAGGUCCUUAACGAGGUCCGCAUCCUGUCCCAGGUCAACCACCGCAGCCUUGUCCGCCUCCUCGGCUGCUGCGUUGACCUCGAUCAGCCCCUCAUGGUCUACGAGUUCAUUCCAAACGGAACUCUCUCCGACCACCUCCACGGCCUCCGCCCGCCGCUCCCCUGGCGCUGCCGCCUCUCCAUUGCCCGCCAGACUGCCGAGGGCCUCGCCUACCUGCACUCCUCCGCCGUGCCCCCCAUCUACCACCGCGACGUCAAGUCCAGCAACAUCCUCCUCGACGAGAAGCUCAACGGGAAGGUCUCGGACUUUGGGCUCUCCCGUCUGGCCGAGUCCGACCUCAGCCACAUCUCCACCUGCGCCCAGGGCACCCUCGGCUACCUCGACCCCGAGUACUACCGCAACUACCAGCUGACCGACAAGAGCGAUGUGUACAGCUUCGGAGUGGUCCUGCUGGAGCUGCUGACGUCGCAGAAGGCGAUCGACUUCAACAGGGGACCCGAUGAUGUGAACCUGGCUGUGUACGUGCAGAACAGGGUGGAGGAGGAGAGGCUGAUGGAGGUGGUGGACGGCUCGCUCAAGGAGGGCGCCACCCAGGUGGAGCUGGACACCAUGAAGGCCCUGGGUUUCCUCGCCCUGGGUUGCUUGGAGGAGAGGAGGCAGAACCGGCCGUCCAUGAAGGAGGUGACUGAGGAGAUCGAGUAUAUUAUGAGCAUCGAGGCCGGUGGCGUGGAGCAGCAGCACAGUGCCUAGGAGGAGGGCAUGACUAGAAAUAGUAAAUACCUCUAUCCGGGUUCGACGAUGGUUCGACGAUGCCAUGGUAUGGCGUCGCACCUGCAUGUUACUCUGCACCCACCCCUCUACGAGUCUACAGGGAAGAGAAACUAGUUAUUAUUAUGCUGUGAAUAUUUUGCUUCGCUGUGGCUGUGGAUGCCACAAUGUUUUCGUACUUAUAAUGUCAGCAGGAUAUGUUUUCCAGAAUCAUUCUCA